AACAUGGCAUCAAACUAUGAAGGGUAUGCAUGGUCAGAAAUGGAAGAGGAUGAAAUACAGAUUAGAUCGAAAAUGGGAAAUCUAACAAUUACAGAUCCGUGCUAUGGAACUAUUGUUGAUCUUUUUGAGAAGCCGCACAGAUUAAUUUAUACAGAUGGAGAAGGACACUUGCAGUUAGAUGGCCCUGUUUUGUCUGCACUUUCACAUAUAAACAAGAAAAUCAGUGUUGUCGGUGUUUGCGGAAUAUAUCGAUCUGGAAAAUCCUAUCUAAUGAAUUGGAUUGCAGGUGAAAAAUCAGGUUUUAAUCUUGGCGAUACAAUUCAAUCAGAAACAAAAGGGAUAUGGAUUUGGUGUAAAAAACAUCCAAUUAAAUCGGACCAAGUAUUGGUUUUGUUAGACACAGAGGGGUUAGGUGAUCCCGAAAAGGGAGAUCCCGAUCAUGACAACAAAUUGUUUUGUCUGACACUUCUGAUGAGCAGUACACUUAUCCUAAAUGUAAAGAAUGUGUUCGACUUCGACACACUGGACAAGUUAGCGUAUCCUUUUAUUACAUUUCAUAAUGUGAAUUAAAUCAAAAUUAUUGAAUGUACUU